CUCUCUUUCAGUUCUCGUUCUCUCCGACCGAGAUCUUCUACCUUUGCUUCUUUCACCCUUCACCUUCUCCUUCUCCUCUUCCUCUUCCUUCAUUCCUUCGACUCCUUUGAGUUUCAUUUCAUCAUUCUCUUACUCUUUUGAUGGGUUCCAUCUCACAAUUGAUCACCACUACCAACCCCAUUAAUCAUUCUCACCUAACUUCUACACGCUCCUGUGCACUCCAAUUCUCCCACUCCAAUUCUCGUCACCUCUCACUGCCACACGCGAGAGUUGCCAAGAAAGUUGGCGUCUUUGCUGAACUUAGCAACCGAAGCUUCACUUCCACAGCCAUUGAUUUCAGUGACCCUGAUUGGAAAACCAAGUUCAAGGAGGAUUUCGAGGCCCGUUUCAGACUUCCCCAUAUCACUGACACCUUCCCAGAUGUUUCUCCUAUUCCUUCCACCUUUUGUCUCAAAAUGAGAACUCCUAUUGAUAGUGAUAUUCCUGGUUAUUAUUCUUCCGAUGAGGAGUGGCAUGGAUACAUUAAUAACAAUGACAGGGUGCUUCUUAAGACAAUAUACUAUUCGUCGCCUACAUCUGCUGGUGCUGAGUGCAUUGAUCCUGAUUGUACAUGGGUGGAACAAUGGGUUCAUCGUGCCGGGCCUCGGGAAAAGAUAUACUUUAAACCAGAAGAAGUAAAGGCAGCAAUUGUUACUUGUGGAGGGCUUUGCCCUGGUCUUAAUGAUGUAAUAAGACAGAUUGUAAUCACACUUGAAAUAUAUGGUGUAAAAAAGAUUGUGGGGAUUCCUUUUGGUUAUCGGGGAUUUUCUGACAUAGAAUUGACAGAAGUGCAGUUGUCAAGGAAAGUAGUCCAGAACAUUCAUCUUUCUGGUGGAAGCCUGUUGGGAGUUUCGCGAGGAGGACCUGGAGUCAGUGAUAUUGUGGACAGUCUAGAGGAAAGAGGGAUUAACAUGCUUUUUGUACUGGGUGGAAAUGGCACACACGCUGGUGCGAAUGCAAUUCACAAUGAGUGCCGCAAAAGACGGCUUAAGGUAUCUAUAAUUGGAGUGCCUAAAACUAUUGACAAUGAUAUUCUAUUAAUGGACAAAACUUUUGGCUUUGAUACUGCUGUUGAAGAAGCACAAAGAGCAAUAAAUUCUGCAUACAUUGAGGCACAUAGUGCAUAUCAUGGAAUUGGGGUUGUGAAAUUGAUGGGCCGUAGCAGCGGAUUCAUAGCAAUGCAGGCAUCCCUAUCUAGUGGACAGGUUGACAUAUGUCUGAUUCCUGAGGUACCUUUCAAUUUACAUGGACCUCAUGGAGUAUUGAGUCAUCUCAAGUACCUUUUAGAAACGAAGGGAUCAGCUGUAGUCUGUGCGGCAGAGGGAGCUGGACAGGAUUUACUUCAAAAGACUAAUGCUACCGAUGCAUCAGGAAAUGUUGUAUUUGGAGAUAUUGGUGUAUAUAUUCAACAAGAGACGAAAAAAUAUUUCAAGGAGAUUGGUGUUCAUGCUGAUGUGAAAUAUAUUGAUCCAACAUACAUGAUUCGUGCAUGUCGAGCAAAUGCAUCAGAUGGAAUUUUAUGCACUGUACUUGGACAAAAUGCUGUUCAUGGUGCAUUUGCAGGAUAUAGCGGCAUUACAGUAGGCUUAUGUAACACUCACUAUGCUUACUUACCCAUCCCCGAAGUAAUAUCUCAUCCCAGGUUGGUGGAUCCUAACAGUAGAAUGUGGCAUCGUUGCUUAACUUCAACAGGUCAACCUGACUUCAUUUGAUAAUUUACCCUUUCCAAUAAAUUCAAGAGGCUUGGGAACUUAGGCCUCCGAAGAAUAUAUCAUAGAUUUGCGAAAAUAAUACAAAGGAUAACAUUUCCUCCUUAUUCCAAAAAUUGGUUGUUUGUAUAGCAUGGCAGUUUCAUUGUGCUGCCAAUUGCAUUCAAAUUGAAAUUUUAGCAGAAUCACUAAGCACUAUGUGCUUAAUUUUGAUCGAUUUGUAACGCUUGUUUAACCGAUAUUAAUGGCCAAAUUUAA